UUCUGCUCUCACCCCAUUAUAAACUGGGAGUGACUCCGCAGUAGUGAGUGUGUAACUGGGGUCUGCACAGACAGCUGGCACAGCAGACCUCGAGCGAACCACCCAGUGACCACAGGAUCCGUUAAGGAAACUCAAUAGAAGAUCCAAGUGAUGGUACAUGAUGCCAGCUGACAAUCACACCGUUUUUUACCCUGUAACCUACAUCCUGACCGGCAUCCCGGGUACGGAGGAGUCUCAUGUCUGGAUCUCCAUCCCCUUCUGUCUGAUGUACAUUGUGACGCUUUUUGGGAACUCUGUCUUACUAUUCAUCAUACUAACAGAACGAAGCCUCCAUGAGCCCAUGUAUCUAUUCGUGUCCAUGCUGGCUGCUGCUGAUCUGCUGUUAUCUACCACUACGGUGCCCAAGAUGCUGGCUAUAUUCUGGUUCAGAGCAGGGGAAAUUUCUUUUGCUGCCUGCCUGACCCAGAUGUUCUUCAUCCGUGCCAGUUUUAUGGCCGAGUCGGCCAUCCUGCUGGCCAUGGCGUUUGAUCGGUACGUUGCCAUCUGCGACCCCCUGAGAUACACCAUCAUACUAACCAAGUCUGUGGUUGGGAAGAUGGGGCUGGCAGUUGUCACAAGAAGUUUCUGUAUCAUUUUCCCUAUCACCUUUCUCGUGAAGCAGCUGAAGUUCUGCAGAACCAACCUCCUUCCUCACACCUAUUGUGAGCACAUGGGCAUAGCCCGGCUGGCCUGCGACGACAUCACAGUCAACAUCUGGUAUGGUAUAGCCAUGGCUAUUUUAGUAAUUGGUUUGGAUGCUGUGCUCAUUGCUUUGUCUUAUGGACUGAUCCUCAGGGCCAUCUUCCUGCUCCCCUCCAAGGACGCCCGGCUCAAGGCUCUCCGCACCUGCGGCUCCCACCUCUGUGUCAUACUGAUGUUUUACACACCAGCCUUUUUCUCCUCUUUUGCACACCAGUUUGGGCACAUCAUCCCAGGUUAUAUUCUCAACCUCCUGGCCAACCUCUAUGUGCUCAUUCCCCCCAUGUUAAACCCCAUCGUUUAUGGGGUGACAACAAAAGAGAUUCUGAAACGAGUGAUCAACGUCUUUUAUCGAUGUGGCAGCAGAAGCUUCCUGCUGAGCUAAAGGAGUCAACAGAAAAUGCUUUUGGAAUUGGAAAUUAAA